ACAGCCUGUGGAGCGCCCGCCAUGGGCCAGGUGCUGCUCAGACCCCAGGAAGAAAAGAGCGGGGGCGGGGUGCUUGCUUUCGUGGAACGGGGAAUGAAUACAUAGACAACUGGCGCUGUGAUGACGUGCCCCGGAGCACAUAGAACAGGGCGAUCAGAGCCAGGGGAGGCCUCUGAGGAGGGGACACUUGAGUGGAGGCCAGAAGGAACCAGAGGAAAAAGUCUUUCAUAGAAUGGCAAGGAACCGGAAUGUUCUGGGCUAUUGCAGCUUUUUCUAGGUGCCGUUUAUGCUCUCGGAAUAGGAAGAACACACACCCAAAGUAAUGGACUGGGCCCAAAUUCCAAAGUACGCAGUGCUUCUCCUCCUUGCCUGUAUGAAUUGAUGUGUGUCUAGAAAAUUCAGGCCCAGCCUGGUUUAAUUCAAAUGCACCAAGAAUUCCGGUAGCAGGAAGCAUCCUGUGCUGAAUAGAACGGGCGUGGAGGCAGGAGGAGGAGCAGGACGCCGGGCACUGCUGAUGCUGCUUUCGCUGGGGUGAGUGACCUGCAGGAAGAAGGCAAGAAUGCCAUCAACUCACCGAUGUCCCCUGCCCUGGCGGAUGUUCACCCUGAAGACACCCAGCUCGAGGAGAACGAGGAGCGCACGAUGAUUGACCCCACUUCCAAGGAAGACCCCAAGUUCAAGGAACUGGUCAAGGUCCUCCUCGACUGGAUUAAUGACGUGCUGGUGGAGGAGAGGAUCAUUGUGAAGCAGCUGGAGGAAGACCUGUACGAUGGCCAGGUGCUGCAGAAGCUCUUGGAAAAACUGGCAGGGUGCAAGCUGAAUGUGGCUGAGGUGACACAGUCCGAAAUAGGGCAGAAACAGAAGCUGCAGACGGUGCUGGAAGCAGUACAUGACCUGCUGCGGCCCCGCGGCUGGGCGCUCCGGUGGAGCGUGGACUCAAUUCACGGGAAGAACCUGGUGGCCAUCCUCCACCUGCUGGUCUCUCUGGCCAUGCACUUCAGGGCCCCCAUCCGCCUUCCUGAGCAUGUAACGGUGCAGGUGGUGGUCGUGCGGAAACGGGAAGGCCUGCUGCAUUCCAGCCACAUCUCGGAGGAGCUGACCACAACUACAGAGAUGAUGAUGGGCCGGUUCGAGCGGGAUGCCUUCGACACGCUGUUCGACCACGCCCCGGAUAAGCUCAGCGUGGUGAAGAAGUCUCUCAUCACUUUUGUGAACAAGCACCUGAACAAGCUGAAUUUGGAGGUGACGGAACUGGAGACCCAGUUUGCAGAUGGCGUGUACCUGGUUCUGCUCAUGGGCCUUCUGGAAGACUACUUUGUUCCUCUCCACCACUUCUACCUGACUCCGGAAAGCUUCGAUCAGAAGGUCCACAAUGUGUCCUUCGCCUUUGAGCUGAUGCUGGACGGAGGCCUCAAGAAACCCAAGGCUCGUCCUGAAGACGUGGUUAACUUGGACCUCAAAUCCACCCUGAGGGUUCUUUACAACCUGUUCACCAAGUACAAGAACGUGGAGUGACGGGGGAGCUGUGGAUGGUGGCAGGAGUGUCCCAGCAAGAAAGGCGGCAUCCGUCUGUGCCCUGUGCCUUUCCAGGGAGCCAGGUGCCAUGGGCUUCUGGUCCAAGCUGUGUUGACUGUCAUCCCCACCCCACCCCUACCUCACGCCUGCCCCACCCCCUGCCUCUUUUGGUUGUUGUUCUUAAUCUCCUCUCCAUGUAGUUCCCAGUGGGCAAGAGCCUUUGAAAAUGCAGGAUUCUAAACACUCGUGCUUGCGUUUGAGGCCUCGCGUCACUCAGUUGCGUGGGAUGAUGAGUCCGUUGUUGUCUGCCUUGGCUGAAAGAUGAAACAAAGCCUGAACCCCAACCCCCAGCUGACUGAGAGCACCCUGCAUUCUGCCUCAUGGUGCAAUUAGCGAUCAUAGGCCUUCAGAAGUACAACAUCAGCUCAGCAGGAACGCCGGCUCCCCGAGGACCCGGGCUUGACGAUUCACUGGGGAUCUCCUGGGCUGGGCUCUCCUUGGAAGUGAGGCCUUUUAUUAAAAAUAAAAGGGUUUUGCAGUUUGAAAAA